AUGGCGAUGGCGGCUCUGACAAGCAGGGGCAAUUGCUUCGCAUGUGCCCCUGUGCCGCAUGCAGACUUGCAGGCGAAAAGGACACACAAACCUCGAAAUGUUUCAGCAAGGCCUCUUGUUGGGCGGUUGGGCAAUGCAGCUCUCAUUUUCCAGCAAUUGCGUCCCCCUCAGAGUUUGUCACCAAGGCAAUGGGCCAGCAAAGCCCUAAGAAAGCAGCCGCCAGCUUCUCCAGUGGCAGCUAUAACUGCUGUCGGAACAGGGGGCAAUGGGGAGUUUGAGAAGAAGCUCCCUGCUAGCGAGUUCCUCGAUGACCCCGAAGUGGGCCAGCGCAGUGAAACAGGGAGGUACCUUGGAAGGAAGGAGACACCUGUCACGGUGGUCAUCGAUGGCAAGCUUCUGGCAGAGGGUGCCCGCAAAGCAGGGGAGGCUGCGAAAAAGACCUUCUGGCCCCCAAAUAAGAAUUGGAUUCCUUUCCUGGUUGCCCCGGCUGCCUUGCUGCUUGCCCUGGUGGCUGCCCGGCUGCAUCAGCUCAAGUCCGCUGCAGUCCCCCCCUCCGUGACCACCAGCAUCGCCAUGCCCCUCGAGCCUAGGGGGCCCGCGCCAGAGCUGAGAGUGGUGGGGGUCCUGGGCAGCCUCCCGGGGAUGGCCACGCAGGCAGCAGCGGUCGAUGCACACCCACUGGGCCAGGGCAGCCUGAGCCGGGAGAAUGAUGGCAUGAGCUCAGCGAAGCAGGUUGAGCGGCGGGUGGACGGUCAGUUGGCACGCAACGACAACAGAGACCCGCACAUUCCCAGGCCACAGGCUCCGGCCAAGCCAAUUCAUGAGCUGAGCGACAUGGAUUUCUAUGACCAGCUGCAAAAGGAGGCGGAGAUUGAGGCGCGGGUGCGGCAGGCGCAGGGGUUCCCCAUGAAGGACGAGACCAAGUUCGGGGUGUUUGACGAGGAGGAGCGCACCGUGAUGCAAGAGCUGGUGGAUUCCGGGGAGCUGGACGCGGACACGCAGAAGAAGCUCGAGGAGCUGCUGGCGCAGGAGGCGGGCAACAGCAAGAUGCGCAAGGCCGCGCAGCGGGCGCUCGGGAAGCGUGUGCGCAAGGCGCGGGCGGGGGGCCGGUCGCCCGUCUCCGACAAGGACAUCAAGGAGCUGGAGGAGGCGGUGGCGUCGGGGAUGCUGGACGAGAAGGUGCAGAAGGACGUGGAGGCGUUCCUGGAGGAGGAGCGGGAGUUUCAGAAAGAACUAGAGGAGAACAAGUACGACGACGCGGACUAUGACAUCAGCGAGUACCUGGAGGAGGAGGAGGACCCCGAGCUGGAGGCGCUCAUCCGCCAGAUGGUGGAGUCGGGGGAGUUUGAGAUGCCGGCGGACGAGGACGAUGAUGAAGAGGAGGCAGCGCCGUUUGGCCAGGGCAGCGCGGACGUGGAUAGCGACAUGUUUGACGAGAACGAGAUGUUUGACGACCUGGACGAAGACUGGACUGAUGAACAUGAGGAGCCAUCAAGUAGCGGGGCCGCAACUGGAGGGUCCAAGCAGGGGCAAAAGGGGGCACAAGCAACAGACGGCGGGGCACAGAAAGGGGGUGGCCAGAACAGGCGUGUGACGGGGCUUAGAGAACUGACGGACAAACUGGGCCUCACCAUGCCAGCUGGUGAGAGCGGGCGAGACUGGGAGGCGGAGCUCAGAAAGAAGAAUCUGGCGCGGAUAGGGCCGUUUGAUUUUGCGAACUCCGAUAAGAAUGAGGCGGACAAGGGUCCGACGCCACAGGCAGAAGCAGCAAAGCCUUCCUCAUCCUCAGAAGCAGAGGAGGCACUUAGAAAGAUUGCAGAAACCACAAGUGCAGAGCAGCUUGGGAGCGAUGGUGCUCCUUUUCAAGGGAAGGAGUUCCCGUUCAGCGAGGCCUUUCAAGAGGCGACGGAGGCGGCUUGGGGUGCCGAGCAUCCAGAAGAAGUACGGGAGAGCAGCGGAGAGGCUGACGCAGAGAGAGUAGAAAGGGAAGCGGGGGGGGUGGCUGAAGUGCAGGUUGCGGCUGUCAGGAGGAGCGGGACAACGGAAGACGGACAGGAACGGGUGGAAGAAGAGAUUGUGAUCCGGGUGGGGGAGACGGAGGACUCAGGCGCAGGGUCACCUGGCGACGCUGAUGCCACCAUUGUCCUCUCCACCUCACAAGACGGGACAGUGGAGGAUCUGGAGGAGGGGAACACCGGGGCAGGCGCUGCGCCAAACUCUGACUCUGCUGCCGCCUCGAGUCCUGGCUCGCCUGCCGCGGACGAGCGUGCUUCGAGUAGCGCUGGGGCGGGGAUGACGCUGGCCGGGGAGGACGUGACCCCGCUGGUGGAGCUGCUGCAGUCCCGGGAGGGCGACGAGGCGUACGCGCAGGGGACGUCGUGGGGCACGUACGACGAGCUGUCGCCCAUGAAACGGAGGUGGCAAGUGUGGGCCGACCGGCAGUCCAACCAGGUCCGGCUCGGGUCGGCCCGGGUCAAGCUCAUCGACAGCCGCGACAUCAAGUUCUCUGCAAAGGAGCCCGCCAUGGAGGGCAACCGACACUUCGUGUACCAGGUGCUGUACAACGGCAAGCGGUACGCUCUCAAGAUGUCGAAGCGGCCGCAGGACCGCGGCACUCAGCACCUGCUUGUAGACGAGGCCACCAACCUGGCGGCGGCGCAGGCGCCCAACGUGAUCGCGCUGCAGGGCGUCGUGCGCGACCUGGGCAGUCUACCCAUCUACCGCCUCGGCAGGGUCGGCGGGCCGCUCAUGACAUCAGAGCAGCUGGCGCAGGGCGUCAAGAACGGCACCGUCGAGGAGCUGCAGUCAGCUGUGCUGCCGGACGGUAGCAAGCGGUUGGUGAAGGCGAUCCUGGCGGAGGGCAGCGGCGAGCGGUCGCCCAACGUGUACGGCAUUCUGAUGGAGUACGCGGAGGGGUCCGACCUGCAGGCGCAGAUGGACAAGGCCGGGCCGGGCCACUCCGUCAACGUCGACGAGGCGUGGCACAUCUUCCGACAGCUGGCGGUGGGCCUGGGCGAGGUCCACGCUGCGAAGCUGGCGCACAACAACGUGGACCUGUCCAACGUGCUGCUGGUCCGCGACGACAGCCAGGCGUCCGGCGUGCGCUGCUGCUGGAGCGGCCUUAGCCUCGCCAAGAAGACGGACAACCACGGCAAUGUGCGCCUCUCCACGGAGGAGCGCCUCGCCCGCCUCAUGCGCCAGGACGACUACUACCAGGCCCCGGAGCUGACGGACGAGAGUGCGGCGGUGCUGUACAACGGGUUCAAGGCGGACACGUACUCGCUGGGCAAGGCGUUCCUGCUGCUGGUGGGCGACGAGUACGAGGCGCAGGCCAGCGCGGAGAGCGAGGCGGUGCGCGACAUGGACCUCAUGUUCGGCAUGACGCUGCAGCCGGAGCCGGAGGACCGCGCCACCUCCGUGGAGGUCAUGGAGUUCACGCGCCAAAAGGAGCUCGAGGCCAUCGAGCGCUGGCGCGAGAAGGAGGACGAGAAGCUCCAGGAAAUGGCUCGGGCCGGGCUGCCCAAGACGGACGAAGAGAUUGUGCUGGAGAACAUGAUGGACGAGGACCCCAACGAGCUGCGGGAGGUGGAGGAGGCGGCCUACGCUGCGCUGGUGGAGGAGAUGCGCAAGCGGCAGGCAGCCGCACUGGAGCAGAGCGAAGGACAGGGCCAGGGGCUCACCGGAAGGGGCAAGAGGGAAGCGGGGAGAAGUGCUUCACAGGCGGCCAGCAACAGGACGAAGUAGCGCAGACGUUAAUUGUGCAAGCGGUGGAGGAGGCUACCGGUGGUGGCCACCAAGGGGGGCGCCAUUUUGGUUUGUUCCCGCUUCAACCAGGGUAUUGCAACUGACCGCGUUCAAUGAACGCUCACCAACCAUACACGGGUGUCGGCUGUCCAUGCAAUGUCGACCUAUUUCGAUAGCAGAUCUCUCAUAUUGUAAGGAUAUGGCGCUGUAGCCAGUUCCAAGUUUUGACUCCAGGUCGGCGGAUUCAAAUAAGUUCAAAUAGGGCACUAUUCUCCUCGGUCUGUCGAAUCACUGAACACAUCCUGGGUUUGUCGAAUCACUGAACACAGGCCUGCGCGAACGUGGAGCCUCGUUAUUAUAGCUGCUACAUGCGCAUCAAAUCCGCUCCAUGUAGUCGUCCAAGUUUGCCAGGUGCCAAGUAAAGCUUAAC